AUGCUCAUUGAAGUACUGUUACUCCCGUUCGUCUUCCUCAGUAGGUGGAGCGGAAUUUCUGUAGCGCUCGCAACGUCGGCCACAAGAACAAGCUCUUCGGGAAUAUCAAGCGUUACCAGUACACUGGGUCCUACAAGUAUCCCACCUGCCACCGCCAACUUUCCUCCAAUCGGAUCGAUUCCUCGCGAUUACACGCCGGAAGGACUGGAAAAACUAUGGGAUAUUAUCGGACCUGUCGAGCCACCUCCAUUCACCACUACCCGCAUUCCCGGCGCAGCAGUCACCCUACCGCCCUCUCCCCCGCCUUUGUAUCCGACUUUCUAUACCCCUUUGCCAAAGGACGUCCUACCAGGCUUGAAAUUCCCCAAAGGCUUCAUAUUCGGAGUCGACACGGCUGCGUACCAAGUCGAGGGCGCUACGAAGAAUGAGGGCAAGGGUCCGACUAUGUGGGACUGGGCUUCCAGGCAGCCAAACGGUGUAUCCGACAAUACAACUGGUGACGUUGUCGAUCUUCAAUACUUCCUGUACAAAGAAGAUGUUCAACGCUCCGCUGCCCUCGGUGUCACUGCGCAUUCUUUCUCUAUCUCGUGGGCAAGGAUCUACCCAUUUGGUGCUGCUGAUUCUCCUAUUAAUACCGCGGGAAUUGAUCAUUAUUCCGAUGUCAUUGAUUACCACUGGGCUCAUGGCGUGGAGCCUGUUGUAACAUUGUUCCAUUGGGAUACACCUCUUGCCCUUCAGGCUUACUAUGGAGCUUUCACAUCUCCAGAUUUAGUCGACGACUUUGUAAACUACGCCAAGACCGUGUUCAAGGCGUACAACGGCCGUGUUAAAACUUGGUGGGUGACAGUGCCGCGUGUUUAUUGUGGCCAAGUCGCAUCCUAUCCUUUCAAUGCCACACUCGCCCCCGGUGUAAACUCGUCUACCGCCCCUUAUCGAUGCACAUGCAAUCUAUUAAAGGCCCAUGCAGGAGCCGUCAAGGCAUUCCGAGAAAUGAAUACAUCGGGAGAGAUCGCCUUUAAAAACGACGAUUACGUAGGCACGCCUUGGAGAAGCAACUCUACUGAGGACGCACUUGCUGUCGAACGCCAUGCAGCAUUCCAAAUAGGCAUCUUCUCAAACCCCGUAUAUAAGACAGGCGAUUGGCCUGACAUUGUCAAAGACACCCUUCCCUCCGAGUAUCUCCCGCGUUUCACUGACCAGGAAAAGAAGGACAUCCUCGGCUCCGCGGAUUUCUUCGCCAUCGAUUCCUACCGCUCGCAAUGGGUAAGGGCCCCGGAAGAAGGAAUCGACGCAUGCGUGGCGAAUACUUCCCACCCAUUGUGGCCCGUCUGUAACGAACCUGUACUGUUCGACUCGGAUUACGGCUGGGCUAUAGGUCCUGCCGCUGACCCAUUGGCUACCUGGCUUCAAGCAACACCAGUGGCCGUUCGCACUUUGCUAAAGGGUCUCCACUCGCGAUGGCCAAGUAAUAAGUUGUAUGUUUCUGAAUUCGGCUUCGCGGAGCCUUACGAAAACGAGAAAACGGACCUGUCGCAAAUAAAGGAGGACGUUGAUCGAACGAACUACUUCCUUACGUAUCUCGGUGAGAUGUUGCUAUCCAUACACGAAGAUGGGGUUCCGAUACAGGGCGCUUUCGCUUGGGCAAUGCUCGACAAUGCGGAAUGGUCAAGUGGAACGUCCUGCAGGUUCGGUAUUCAACACGUCAACUACACAACACUAGAACGGACGUACAAGCGUUCGGCGCUUUCCUUAGGUCAGUUGUGCGGUGCUUUGCGACGAGGCUCGAGACCUUACAAGUAA